GUUUCAUACUGUCCCAUGGUUUCUAAUGUGACAUAAAAGCGUAGCUUAUGGCCUUUUUUGAGUUUCAAUAUAAAUUACAGUUUACCUUUAAAUGCGAUCUAUAUAGGAUGUCCUGCAUAUAUUUAGACAGAAACAUCGCAAACGCCAAAAUCUCAUGUGCUUGAGAACAUUGUUGUUAGCUACCGCUAACUAGCAAUAACCUUGAUGUUGUAGCUUUCUAUCUGCUUUAACGUUAGCUCGCAAGAUUUUUUUCUUAUCCUGUUUACCAGUGUUGCCAACGAAGGUCGCGAUGUCCGGUUUAUAUCGUGCUUUUCAGAAGUCUUCUGCUGUUAUUAAGGAUUCGAGGUGAUGCUCGUUGUAUUGCCAGGAGUUUGUUUGGACUUGGUCUUGGAUGAGAGGAAGUCCUCUAAGAAAGUUAGUAUGACAGAAGCGAGUCAGCUCCCCUGGUACUGUCCUUCUCGCAGCCAUUUCAGAAGAUCUCGUGUUCCCAGUGAGUUGUUUGAAGAGAGAUCAAAAGAACAUGAGAAAUAUGGUGGUGACCCAGAGCAACCCCACAAACUGCACAUAGUCACACGGGUGAGGACAACAGUGGGACGGCCGUACUGGGAAAAGAAGGUGGUGAAGAGCUUGGGACUGGAGAAGGGUCACACGCCUCGUGUCCAUAAGAAUAUACCCUCAGUGAAUAAUCAGCUGAAAAUAAUAAAACAUCUAGUGAGGAUUCAGCCUUUGAAACUGCCGUACGGUCUUCCUGCUGAGGAAGAUAUGGCUGACACUUACCUCAACAGCAAAGGAGAACUGAUAAUACGGAAACUGCUCAAGCCGGUGGAGCCCAAAGCCAUUGAAUCCUAAUUCCUACCACCCAACUCACAUCAAACCUCAAUUAUAUAUCUGAUUUGUUAAAUAAAAAUAAUUUAAACUC